AUGGCAACUCAAGAAUUACCUUUUGAAAUCUUAAGAUUCCUCCCCACAACUGGGGAAGAAAAAAAAGGUUCAGCCAUUAUUGUAUUGCAAGAAUGGUGGGGAGUUAAUGACCAAAUUAAGAAACAUGCACAAUUUAUUUCUGAUAAAACUCAAAUUAUGUGCGUAGUUCCUGAUUUAUAUAAAGGAAAAAUUGGUUUAAAUGCAGAAGAAGCAAGCCAUUUGAUGAAUAAUUUGAAUUGGAAAGAAUCUUUAGAAGAACUCGAAAAGCUUUCUAAUUUUUUGAAAAAUGAAGGUCGAGAGAAAAUUGGAGUUGUUGGAUUUUGUAUGGGAGGUGCAAUUAGUCUCGCCUUGGGAGCAAAACUUCUCCCAACGUGUCCAUUAUCCGUCGUAAUUACUUGUUAUGGAAUUCCACAAAAUUCACUUAUUGAUAUAUCUAAACUUGCUACUAAAACUCCAGUUCAAGGUCACUUUGCUAAUAAAGAUAUUUAUAAAGGUUUUAGUGAUCCUCCUACAGUUGAUACAUUUGAAAAUAAACUUAAGGAAAGUGUAAAAGGCGAUGAUACUGCUCAUGAAAUUCAGAUUUAUCGUUAUGAAAAUCAAGAUCAUGCAUUUUUGAAUGAUGAUGAACAGGCACUUCAAGAACGUAAAGAAGCUCAAGAUUUGGCAUGGAAAAGAAUUUUCGAAUUCUUUAAAAAAUAUUUGGGUUAA